AUGGGUAAAGUUCACGGUUCCCUUGCCCGUGCCGGCAAGGUCAAGUCUCAGACCCCCAAGGUUGAGAAGCAAGAGAAGACCAAGACCCCCAAGGGUCGCGCUCGCAAGAGACUCGUAUACACCCGCCGUUUCGUCAACGUCACCCUGACCGGUGGCAAGCGCAAGGUGCGUCAGAUUCUGAUGAACCCCAACCCCGGCUCUUAA